GCUCCCCGUGGUGCUAUGCAAAACACAAACAACCUGCCUUGCUAGCCUGCCCCUCUUCCUUCCAUUCUCACCAAACCGAAAAACCACAGAGGCACAGACCAUGGCUCAUCAUCUCCGUGUCUCGAUGAUCUCCCUCACCGGCUUCACCGUCCUGUCCCUCGCCCUCCUCUUCACCUCCCUGCAAGCUCAAGGAGCCAGCAACUUGGGCAGCGGCAAGGUGAAACGACAGUCGUCGCCGGAGGAGUACGUGCCGGUGCGGAGCGUGGUGUACUGGUCGCGGUCGUCGGUGGCGCUGCCGGCGGCGGCGACGGCAGAGGCGGUGGGGUACGAGCCGUUCGCCGUUUGCGAGGGGUGCCGUUGCUGCUUGCCGUCGAACGCGAGCAGCUGCGUGGACACGAGCUGCUGCUACUCCAUCGACUGCAACCUCCCCGGGAAGCCCUUCGGCACCUGCGCCUUCACGCCCCAAACCUGCGGCUGCGCCGGCACCAACAACUGCACCCAACCCUCUUGAUCCAUCCAUUCUUACCUUGCUUUCCUCAUUCCUUGUCUGACAAAAGGGCUUUCCAAUUGAAUGCAAUAUUAAUUUUCUGAUGAUGCAAUUGCAAGAGCAGUAUGAUACUUUGUUUACUAGCUCGAUCCUUUUGGGUCCGAGAUUUGCUUA